GCUGUUGCAAGCGGACUUGGUCCGUGUCACAAUGACCUUUACUGUCAAAGGUAAUUAAAGUCUGUGAAGAAGAGCAGACCUCUAGCCCCCCAGAUUUUCGCCAGUCGUUAUCUUUCCACACGCGCGCACGCGAACGCACUCUGUCAGCACCAUGUCGUCCACUGAGCGUGCAGACCUGGGUCUGGCGCUCUGCAUCAUCACCGGGGCCUCCAGGGGCUUUGGCCGGACUGUGGCGAAGGAGGUGUCGCGGUUGGUGAAGCCGGGCUCGGUGCUCGUCCUGGUGGCCCGCUCCGGUGACGACCUGCGGGCUCUGCGGACGGAGCUGGCCGAGUCCGAGGAAGGAAGAGCGGGACUGGUGGUGGAGUGUGUGGAGGCAGAUCUGGGUCAGAUGGAAGGACCGGAGAGCGUGGUCAGAGCGUCUAAAGCCGCUUUGCCUGAAGUUAUAGAUCACCUCAUACUGGUCAACAACGCUGCCUCUCUGGGUGAUGUGUCCCGCUACGUCAAAAGCUUCACCAACAUGGCAGAGGUGGACUCUUAUUUGUCUCUCAAUGUCAGCUCCGCUCUGUGCCUCACCGCCAGCGUCCUCCAGGCUUUUCCGCAGCGUCCAGGUCUGAGGCGCACCGUGAUCAACGUCUCCUCGCUGUGCGCCCAGCAGCCUUUCCCCUCCUGGGUGCUGUACUGCACCGGCAAGGCUGCCCGAGCGAUGAUGUUCAGGGUACUGGCAGAAGAGGAGCCGGACCUCCGGGUGCUCAACUACUCCCCAGGGCCCCUGGACACCGCCAUGCAGUUGGUGGCCAGAUCUGAAACAGCUGAUCCCAGCUUGAGGAAGGCUUUUUCAGACAAGUUCGCUCAGGGCCAGCUGCUCACCUGUGAGGCGUCCUGCGCCAAGCUGAUGAAGCUGCUGCUGGAAGACAAAUACACAUCAGGAGCUCACAUCGACGUCUUUGACGUUUAGACGUAGCACGAGCACACUCAGCCUUUUAGCUCUAGGGCAGAUUAUUUAAAUGUGCCUUGAUUUUAAUUGAAACUAUUAAUUUACACUGUUGAUGACUACAGCCAUAAAUGGAAAAGUUCAAUUAAUUUUUAUUUAUAUAGUGCCAAAUCACAACAACAGUUAUCUCACAGCACUUUUCAUAAAAGAGCAGGUCUAGACCGUACUCUUAACUGUGAUGUUGAUUAGUUAUAAGCUGAUUCAAAUUUCACUGUCCGUCUUAACUCUGCAGGUUGUAGCAUUCUGAUGUUAAACUGACCAGUUUGACAGGAUGAAAUAUCAAACUGAUGUUCAUCAGAUUUACUUUCAAAACAUUCCAGAGCAGAGGUGCAGUAAAGCUGCAGUCAGUAAUGUCACUGCACGCACAGUUAGAGAAAUUCCUUUGAGAUGGUAGACACUACAGGACAUGAAGCACACAUUUGUAGAAAAGAUAGACAGUUAGGAAACAUUAUGUGUUGCUUUCAGCCCAUUCUCCGAGUUCCCUGGUCAGAUCUAUGUGGUCAGAUCCACGAUAUUUUUAUAGCACCACUGUAACUUAACUCUGAAGCCUUUAAAUCGUACACAUAGUGUGCUUUAAAGUGUGAGACUGAAAAAGACAUGCUGGUUGGUAACAGGAUGGCUGGUUUGAGCUUUGCCAAGAUCAUAGUUGGGAACAUUGAAUGAAAAACCUCAGAAACUUCAGUAAAUCAUUUGUACUGGUGCUUUACUGCACAUGCCUCAGGCCAUAAUGAGUAAUCUUCUGGUCACAGGGCGUCAUAAUGCAGUGGUGGGAUAUGAUUUGAAAACACAUGACAUCACCUGUUCACCCUGCUGCCUUCUGGGAAGAGAUAUAUAGAAGUUUCUGCUGCCAUACCAUCAGACUGCAGAGCAGCUUUUCCCCCCAAGCUAUCAGACUCUUAAACUCUAAUUCAUCCUCAGCACUG